AGCUCAGCUUUCAGUUUCAGCAGGCCAUUUGUUCCGCGAGGUUGUGAGUGAUGUGGGUUAGUUUUGAACAUACCGUUCUCCGUGGCCUUUUUUAAUUAAAUUCGCUUUGAAUUUGAUAUCAAAGUUUUUCAUAAACCGGGACCGUGUAGUGCAUCUAUCUAUAUACACAAUAUCGCAUUACUGGUAUCGCUGUACUUGGGGCGCGCUGUUCCUGGUUUAUUCGACAUCAGUUAUUAGCAAUUCAAAUUAUUUAAUUAUUGCCACCAGUAUACCGUUCGUAGCAAUUCCAAAGGUCAGAUUUUUGACAGACAAGCUCAGUGAUAAUAAAGUUCUAGAGUCAAUGUGCAACCAGGAUUAACAGGAUUAAACGGAAUCCACACUGCAGCCGCAAGAACGAAUAGCUGCACGAAGUUGAGCUGAACAAGUGCUGUGUCACCUUUCCAGUAGCAGGUACAGUGCCGUGUUCCUACGAAUAAACGAAAAGAUACAGAAACGCAAUUGGUGAAUGUGUGUUAAUAUUCGUAUGCUGCUCAUUUUGGAAAAUUUGAAUAGAAAAGAUAACUGUUCCAGUUCAUAAAAAAAGUGAAGACUCAGGUGUACAUUCAAAAUUUGGUUACCUGCUAAAAAUGGCUCCCAGUUUAAGUAAGAUUGCGUCAAAUCAAAAUGUUGCGAUAGCAAUUGCUGGUUGUUCUGCCGCUACUUGGAUCAUUUUGUACGGUAAACAGGUGCACAAAGCUCGGAAGCAGCGGCCCGAGGAUGAAAUUCAGUACUUCAUCAGUGAGAAAAAAGAUAAACGGGCAACGAAGGCACAUGUCAAUGCACUUUUCUUCAAACAGUUACGAGCACUUCUAAAGAUUAUUAUCCCUAAAACAUGGAGUGCCGAAAAUGGACUGCUGCUGGUAAUCGCAGCUGCACUGAUCGCACGGUCAAUCAGCGAUAUUUGGAUGAUCCAGAAUGCAACCGCCAUCGAGAGCACCAUAAUCACAAUGAAUAAAGCACGGUUCAGGUCUGCGUUGGUCAAGUAUUUAUCGGCCCUGCCAGCGAUUGCGGUAGUAAACAACGUACUCAAAUGGAGCAUAGGUGAACUGAAACUUAGAUUUAGAACGAAUCUAUCACAAUAUUUAUACGCAGAGUACCUGAAAGGGUUCACCUACUACAAAAUGUCCAACCUGGACAACCGAAUAGCUAACGCGGAUCAGCUGCUGACGACCGAUAUCGACAAGUUUUGCGAAAGUGUGACUGAUCUCUACUCCAACAUCUGCAAACCGCUGCUGGAUAUCGUGAUAUACGUGUAUAGGCUGACAACCAACCUGGGCGGCACCACACCGGGCAUCUUGCUGCUUUAUCUGUUCUUCUCUGGAGUGUUCCUGACCAAUUUACGCAAACCAACAGGUCGGUUGACGGUUAUGGAGCAGAAACUGGAAGGAGAGUUCCGAUACGUUAACAGCAGGCUGAUCACCAAUUCAGAAGAGAUCGCAUUCUACAAGGGAAACAAUCGGGAAAAACUCACCAUUUUGGCCAGUUUCAACAAGUUGGUAGCACAUUUGAGAAAGUUUUUGGAAUUCCGCGUUGGCAUGGGUAUAAUUGACAAUAUGGUUGCCAAAUACAUCGCCACGGUGGUUGGCUUUUGGGCUGUGUCGCUACCAUUCUUCGAGCCGAACCACCCGCUGCUAACCGGUGCCCAGGCAAGCGAACGAUUAAGUAGAUAUUAUACAUUCGGCCGUAUGCUGGUGAAACUUGCCGAAGCCAUCGGACGAUUAGUUUUAGCUGGGCGCGAAAUGUCCCGCUUGGCCGGUUUCACAACUCGCAUGACAGAGUUGACAGUCGUUCUCAAAGAGCUUAAUUCUGGUCGUUACGAACGGACAAUGGUAAGCAAUUCCGCAGUGGCAGAUGCUGACAUUGGCCCCGGCAAGGGUUUACUGAAGUUCCAGGAUAACAUAAUCAAAUUUGAACGCGUACCUCUGGUAACCCCCAACGGUGAUGUGCUGGUGAAAGAUUUGAACUUUGAAGUCCGUUCGGGUAUGAACGUGCUCGUGUGCGGUCCUAACGGUUGCGGCAAGAGCAGUCUGUUCCGUAUUCUGGGUGAGCUGUGGCCAACUUGGGGUGGUAAAGUUACGAAACCACCAGCUGGAAAACUGUUUUACAUUCCCCAAAGACCAUACAUGACCCUUGGCACAUUGAGAGAUCAGAUUAUCUACCCCCAUACUCACCAAGAAAUGAAACGACGCGGCAAAACAGACGCUGACCUCUUAGCCUACCUGGAAUUGGUGCAGCUUACCUACCUCCAGGUGAGAGAGAAGGGUUUGGACGCCAUUGAAGACUGGAUUGAUGUGUUGUCAGGAGGCGAAAAGCAACGCAUCGCCAUGGCCAGAUUGUUCUAUCAUAAUCCACAGUUUGCAAUCCUGGACGAAUGCACAUCGGCGGUCUCUGUAGAUGUUGAAGGAAGCAUGUACGAAUAUUGCCGCAAAGUGGGCAUUACUCUGUUCACCGUUUCGCAUCGUAAGUCCCUGUGGAAGCAUCAUGACUACUAUCUGCAAUUUGACGGCCACGGUGCGUACGAUUUCGCGGAAAUCGAUGGCAGUGAACAGCAGUUUGGUUCGUAGAGACCAUCCUGCACCACAGCACAAAAAUGUAACGGCAGAAUGUGCGUGAGUGAACGAGUUCGGGACACAGUGCAUAGUGAUAAGUGGUUCCAGGAAGAGGUGCAGGAAACCUGUUUAGUUUUUUUUUGUUUUUUGAACAAGAUGACAUACAUCCAAAUAGGCUAACAAAUCGUGCUUUCUUUCAAUCGUAAUGAAAAUGGCUGUUUUGCAACUAUAGUUUAUUAUCAUGCAAACUUUUGUUAUAUAAGGCUAACCAUUGUGUUACAAUAAACAAUACAAUUUAAAA